AGCACUUCAGUGUGGGUAAGAGAUAGGGUUAUAUCGCUUGAACAUCUGGAAAUCAACUCUAUAGUCUGUGUCGAUUACUCCACUCUGCUGUACUGUACGUUGCUGAAACGUUGGUCACAAAAAAAAAACCCUAAAAUCAAAAAUGAAUCGUUCUGCAGUAUAUGAUGAUCGGGUACACUGUAUUGCAGAUUUGGAGAAGGAAGGGAUGGCAAAUUUACCAAGAAUGGUAGCAGGUUUCUUUUCAGGAGGCUCAAUGGAUCUUUUAACACGAGACGAUAACAAGCUAGCAUACGAUCGAUACAGAUUACGGCCAAGGGUAUUGAUCGAUGUGACAAAUGUUGAUACAAGUACUGUUUGUUUAGACAAAAUGUCUGCUUUUCCUAUGGGAAUCGCUCCGGCAGCCAAUCAUGCCUUAGCACAUCCUUCAGGUGAAGUAGGAACUUCUCGUGCUGCUGCCCGUAAAGGUGUUCAUAUGGCACUUUCAGUUUGGUCAAAUUAUUCCACAGCAGAAGUAUGUCAGCAAGCAAAGACUAUCAAUCAGAAUGAAAUUGCUUAUUGCCAACAAUUAUGUGUUCUCAAAGAUGUCAAUAUCAAUUUGAACGUUCUAAAAAGAGCAGAAGCAGCUGGCUGUAAAGCUGUGUUCAUCACUGUUGAUUGUCCUUGGCUAGGCAGAAGGCUGAACGAAUUUCAAAAUACAUUCAGUCUUCCCUCAACACUCAAGUUUCCCAAUAUACCCGAAAUUGAUGAACCACAAAGUAUGGUUACAACGGAUGAAAGAAUUGCCUAUGAUGCAGCAUUAAUUUGGCAAAAGAUUCAAUAUUUCAAGCAACAUGCAAAAAUGCAAAUUUGGUUGAAGGGGAUCAUGACUGCUGAAGAUGCAGAAUUGGCCGUUCAACAUGGUGCAGAUGGAAUCAUCGUUAGCAAUCACGGUGGAAGACAAUUGGACGGUACCCUUGCUACCUUGGAUGCUUUACCCGAAGUUGUCAAUGCUGUCAGAGGUAGAAUCCCAGUUCAUAUUGAUGGAGGUAUUCGACGUGGAAGUGAUAUCUUUAAAGCAUUGGCACUUGGUGCUGAUUAUUGCUGGGUAGGCAGAAUCCCACUUUGGGGUCUGGCAUACAAAGGAGAGGAAGGCGUAUCAAUUGCAUUGAAUAUCUUGCACGAUGAAUUCAAGCUUGUUAUGGCUUUGAUGGGUUGUAAAACAGUCAAGGAUAUCACGGCAAAACAUUUGGCAAGACUUCAAUCUGACGGGCUGUAUAAGCCGGUUGAGGAAUAUGAUUGGAGACAACGUUUGCGCGAUGCAAAUGCGGAAAUGAGCGAGCUGGCGAGCGAUCAAAUUCCCUCUCGCUUACAGUCUCGACUAUGAUGUGGAAUGGGGAAAAGCUGUAGAAAACAUAUGUAUAUUAACCAAAUUUGAGAAUAACAAUGUCAUACAAAUGAGUAG